AUGGCCAUAAAACACACGACUCGGUAUGAAAUGCUGCCGGGAGUGCUGUCGACCCAAAUUGCGAGGACCAAUCAGAUUGAAUUUUCCCAUUAUUUGGUGCUUACUAAUGCUAAAGCUAACUCUGUUCAUCCCGUACCUUCGAGUAACGUACUGUUGGAGUCCUUUAAGGUACCCGCAGGAGGCGUCGGCUCACGGCCACUGGUCACGCGAUUCGAGGUCUCACCCUCCCUCUUCAUGCCGGCAGAAUCCACCUCCCUCCCGGCAACAAGACCGGCCAGCUGUGACCGCAGUCUACAGACCCUGACAACUGCCGCUUCUGAUUCGCGAUCGGUGCCACCGGCAAAACAUGCAACUGUCGGUGUUCAGGCAUCCGGCUCCUCCUGUCCUCAACAACAUCAGGUAACCACCUCACUUGUUCAAACGACUCCUCCGCCUCCAGUCCUCAUGGACGUGCAUCUUGUCGUCCAGUUGGCCGACCAGGCAACCCGACCUCUCCUAGACACUCAGGCCGCUCCAGGCCACGGCCUUUCAGUCUCCACGUCUGUGACGCCUGGCGACCAGGAUCCGGAAGAUUUCUGCUCCAAGCGGCGUCAAAGACGUCCGUACUCGCCUCAUGUGACUAUGGUCGAUUGUGUGAUCGCCGUGGAGACAUCAGAUCGGGCCGAAAGGAGAGAAGAACAAUCCAAGACCGCCUUUGUAUUGGAGCGCUGGGAAUGUGGCACACAGACAGACUCCAUGGAAUUAGCACACACUCUCCUCACACACACCAUGCAAGUAAGUGUACCAUAUGGACACCUGGUGACAAGAUCUGUAACCACAUUAGCGUCUCGUAGUGAGGUUACUCGAUUGGGGAGGGUGAUGUGA